GACUGAGAGAGGGCCUCUGCAAUGGGGCGACGUCGGUCAGAGCGUGGCCCAUGGGAGGCUGAGAGGUGGGAUGAGCCUCGAGGCCCUCGCUGGGUCAAAGUUGGCCAAGCACAGGAGGAUGAGGAUUCCAUCCCAGUUGGCCGUAGUCGGAAGGCGGAUGCGAAGAAAGGCGGUGAGUAUACUCGCAUUCGCCUGCAAUUUGAUGAUGCGGAUACCGCCUUCAUUUUGGGAAGAGGUGGCAAGACGAAGCAUAAGAUUGCCAGAGUUUCAGGAGCUCGACUAGAGCUGCAUGAAAGGAACAAUACAGUGGAGGUCAUCGGAUCGGAAGAGGCUUGUGCACGCGCAAAGAAGUAUAUUUCGCUUGUCCAGGCCCAAAGGGUAGGACCUGUUCACGUGGACGACAGUCACGACGAGGGCGACCUCACCAUGAUGGACGUCCCACACAACUGCGUUGCCUUUGUCACAGGUGCUGGCGGAAACUUCCUGCGCACCUGCGAGGAGGAGUGGGGAACGCUGAUGUUCUUCUGCGACUAUCAAAGUCCUGGUCUCACAGGUGACCGUAGGGAAGUCCAUGUGGAGCGUGGGGAGAGCCUGGUGGAGUUGAGCCUGGCCAUCUUCGGUGAGCCUUGGGGCCGCGCCGGCGCAGAGCUGAAAAUCAUGGCGGCCAUCGAGGCCAAAUCUCCAGGACACUACACAUCUGGUGUGGGAGAUGUUAUAUCUCCUGAGGAGGGUUGGGCAGUGGACACGAUGCCACUAACAGGCGAUGAGCUGUCCUUUGCACUGGGCAAGGAGGGUGCCACUCGUCGGAAACUGGCGAAUGCCAGCGGCUGCAUUUUGGAAUACAUCGGCCAAGUCGCCUACAUGGCUGGAGUUCAUGCCGAACGUCAGCGUGCACGGGACCUUUCGGCCGAAUGGAUCCGAAUGGACUACAUCAACUGGCUGAAGCAGCAGCGCAUCGGCCCGGUCUACAUCGAUCUGACGGGCCGCAGCGAUGCCUCUGAGGUGAAAGUGCCUCGUGAAUUGACUGGCAUCUUGAAAGGCACCACCUUGAGGGAUAUCGAACAUGAGACAGAGACCUUCUGCUUUCUUGAGGGUGACGUGGAUUCUUCAGAACGGCUUUUGAUUUUUGGCGCUUCGCGGGGCCGGCGGCAAGCAGAGCGCAAGGUGCAGGAGCUCAUCCGCGUCCGUCCACCUCGGCAACCCAACCAGGAUCAACCGUGGGGGGAAGUUGAACGAUUGGGCAAUGGUGAGAACCAGCCCAUGGUGAAGGUGGAGAUUCGCACAGGGCAUGCCAUUUGCCAAUCCUUGGAGAAGGAGAAGCUUCAGGCGAUUCAACAAGCUUGUGGGGCUCGUUUGACGCAACAAGGUACAGAGAACGUGCUGAUACAAGGAUAUUCUUCACAAGUGAAUCUGGCCAAGAAACAGCUCCAAGAGUACAUCUUCGGCCUGAAAGUGGAUGAGGAAUUCACAACGCCCAGUGGCGUGCCGUUUCAUGUCUUUAUCGCCAAAGCUGCAGAUGGCACGGCCUCGAUUUUGGAAGAGGUACGGAACAGAACGCGAGUUCGUGUCCAGGUGAAACAAGCUGAGAAGAAGAUCAUCCUUUCCGGCAUCUUUUCCGUCGAGGGCUUGACAUUUCAGGGGAUUAGUCCAGAGGUUCCAACGUUUCACCUGGGGAUCUCUAAGGUUGUGUCCAACGCCCGAAGAGAUCUCCAAAUGUUCCUGAGUUCUUUCGUGACGCAUGAGGUGCAUCUCCAAAAGGAACAACUGGAGAAAGUCUCUGCCCUGGGAAAACAGCGCUUUCCAAAGUUGAACAACUUUCGACACCUCGUCACGGCACAAAUCAACAAGGAGCAAUUGAAGCUCACUUUGUCUGGAGCACCAGACGCUGUGGGUGAGGCCAGAGAUGCGGUGGACAGUCUCUUCAAGAAGGAAGAUUGGACGAUGCCCACUGCAGAUAUGCCAUCAAAGGCCCCACACUGCCGCCGCUGGAAACUGAGUUUCGCUUCCAAACACAGCAUGUCCCGCAGCGGGAAGGUUGACGCAGAGGGUGCAGGACCGGACAAAGGGGGUGCUCGCCGGGAUCCGCGCACGGCGGAGAUCAUGCAGCUGUCGGAGAUGGAUUCGGCCUUCAUCUUGGGUCGUGGUGGAAAGACGAAGCACAAAAUCGCGCGGGUCUCUGGCGCCGCCCUGGAACUGCACGAGCACAACUGCACCGUGGAGAUUGUCGGCCCCGAGCCUGAGAGACGCCGCGCGCGGAAGUACAUCAACCUGGUCCGAGCCCAGCGAGUGGGGCCAGUGCACGUUUCUCAGGAGCAUGACGAUGGGGAUCUCACCAUGAUUCCAGUGCCAUCCAACUGCGUUGGCUUCGUCACGGGCUCGCAGGGCAAUUUCCUCAGGCUCGAAGAGCUUCUCAGCACAGAGCUCUUCGUGAGCGGAGAAGAGUGA